UGAUUGAAAAUAAUCUUAUCAGUAAAUCUUAUGCUUUGGGCUGCUUUUGAUAAACGAUUUAAGCAUGACUCCAUACUGGUAUGUUUUGGAUUCAUAAGGGUCAGAAACAGUUUAUCGGUGUCGAACCAUGGAUAAAUACGAGGAAAACAUUUUGCGGUUGAACAAAAAGAUUCGUGAACUAAUUACUCAAUUAGACUACAUGGAAACAAAGAAUCGUAAGCUGCGACAAGAAAACAGUGUGCUGGUGGAGGAUGUAGCCAACUUCCGGGUACAGUAUGCGGUGGCCGAGGAGGGACGGCUGCGAUGUAAGUCGGCGCUGGAAAAGGAAAUCGUUAGAAAUGCUGAACAGUACGAAGCUCAGGUGCUGCUUAAAAAGCGUUACAAUGAUCUUAUUCAAGAAUAUGUCACCCAAAACCAGAAGCUGAAAGCCUUCGAGCAAAGUGCAAGGGAAGCGAAACAAUCGAGAGCGAAAAGGAAACAAAUACCAGUGGAAAUUAUUGGCAACCUUUCUGAUAUAGGAAAGCCCAAAUCAGCAGAAAAUAAAAUAGUUUCUCUCGAGCACCGUUGUGGAGUUUUGGAAAAGCAACUCUACAAAGCCUAUGACACGAUUGAUGAUUUAGAAUUCGAGCUAGAAUCGAUUGAUCAUCUCGAAGCAACGAAUGAACGUUUGGAACGACAGAUAAGUAGUUUGAAAGCCCAGUUGGAUCAAUGUCGUUGCGAGCCUUUGACACCUGAUAGUGCCAAUAGUGUGACCUCAUCCUUGAACCAAGCUACAUUGUAA